UUCUGGUUUAGAGUCAAUUUUGUAAUGUGUACAGCUCUUCAGGGGCUUAAAUUAUUAAAAGGGUUUAUUUCCAUCAAAGAAUACCAGUUACUGCAGUCCGAUCCAAUGCCUUGAGGCAGGCAGGCAGGCAGCCGGCAGCCAUUAGAGCUAGCUGAAGAAGCAAGCAGCCAUGUCCAAUUUCUCUUUCUUCUCCAUCUUCAUCAUUCUCAUCUUCAGAGCCAUCACUGUGCAACCUUUCACUCUCCCGUCUGACGUCAUUGCCCUUCAAGCUUUCAAGGCUUCCAUCACUCCCUCCUCCAUUUCACACUACUCUUGUCUCUCCUCUUGGAACUUCAGCUCCGACCCAUGUUCUUCUCCCCGUGUUACCCAUUUUACAUGCGGUCUCCAAUGUCAAACUACUUCCAUCCCAUUUCGCGUCACACGAAUCACCCUCGAUUCCGCCGGCUACUCCGCCGUCCUCUCACCUCGGAUCUCUGAUCUCACGCAACUCCUCGUUCUUGAUGUAUCCUACAACAAAUUCACCGGUUCGAUUCCGUCUUCUCUUUCUACCCUCUCCAACCUCCAAUCUCUUGUUCUCCAUUCUAAUUAUUUCUCUGGUUCUGUCCCUCCUUCAAUUGGGUAUCUUAAGUCGCUUCAACUUUUGGAUCUCUCUCACAAUUCUCUUUCAGGGUUUUUGCCCAACACAUUGAAUUCACUCUCUUCCAUGACAAGACUCGACAUUAGCUUCAAUAAAUUUACUGGGUCAUUACCCGCUCUUCCCCGAAACUUAAUUGAACUAGCAGCUAUGAGUAACUCUCUAUCUGGGCCACUAUCCAAAUCGUCCUUCGACGGGUUAACUCUGCUUGAGGUAGUUGAACUAAGUGCGAAUUCGUUCAACGGCGACUUAGAAGGAUGGUUCCUACUCUUACCUUCACUGCAACAAGUAAAUCUUGCUAAUAACAGCUUAACAGGGGUUGAGAUCAAGAAGCCGACCGCCUUAGACGGCAGCAGCCUUGUAGCCAUUGAUCUGAGUUUCAACAAUAUCGACGCGGCAUUGCCUGCAGAGCUCGGCAAUUAUCCUGCUUUAUCGUCUGUGUCUCUAAGAUACAAUAAGUUUCGCGGGCCGAUUCCUUCGGAGUUGGGGAAGGAUUUAAGUUUGAAAAGGUUGUUUCUUGACGGGAAUUUUCUAAAUGGAAUCCCACCGGAAGAGCUAUUUUCCAGUAAUAGGACGAUUUUCGGUAGCUUAGGGGAUAACUGCUUCCAGAACUGCCCUGCUUCUACGCAGCUCUGUUCAAAAUCGCAAAAACCUCAGUCGAUUUGUCGGCAGGCAUAUGGUGGGAACAAACUGUUUUAGAAGAUUAAGGUUGAUUGCGGUUGCGUUUGUACUGUAUUUUUGUUGAGAUCAAAUUCGGGUUGUAAGCAUAGUGUAUCUUGAGUAAUGUCUAAGAUUCUGAAUUCU